ACUUCAUUGACACGUAUUGACAAUUAUUCACAGGCAUUUGCACUGCGUUCCGUAGUGUUAUUGUUGUUGUUUUCUUCUGUUGCUUCGUCUCGUUCGUGGCGAGCAGGAAUGACAGUUGCAACCACGCACAUUUUAUUGACCAUAUUUGCAUGCAUUCGCAGCUAGUUAUUCAGCGCAUUGACACGCAUUGACGCGUAUUGAUCCAAACUCGGUAGUAUAUGCGAUUAUUUACAAUAUUUAUAUUUUCAUUUACUCAGUUCUUUCCCCCUAGGUUUUUUGGACAUUUCCAAAUGCAUGGUUCUAAAGAUUUAUUGAAAUGAACAAAUUAUUUUUCUUGUUAUUGUUGCAUUACGCUCUUCUUUCUCUACAUGCAAUCCGAUCCAAAUCGAAUGACCCUAUUCAUGUAAUUCAUAGGAAAAACACUUCAUGCUUUUAUCAGUACUAAGAUCAGGCAACAUUUGGAGUAAAAGUGAUUUAGAAUUUCAAAUGUUGUUUUUUUUCUAAAGCUUGGGUGUGUUCAGAAAAUACAACUUUUAUAGAAACACCACACAAAAAUUCACAAAAUGCUAUAUGUUUUUUGGAGCCAAUUUUCUGCGAAAUUUUUCUUAUCAAGCCGACUUUUGAUUCAUAGAACUCGAGAUUUAUCAGUUGUAACAACAACAUUUUAAGAACAACAAACAACUCGAUUCCGGAACAAUUCAUUAUCGUUGAAAAAAAAAUCAAAUUUGUUUGACGAAAAUGACAUGAACUUUGGGUCCUAAUCUGAAUAUAUAGAACUCCAAGACAAAUAUCAGUCCAGUGUUCAAUCAGUGGUUAAGCUAUACAAGUCCAGUUAAUAAGUGGAUUUAGCUGUAAAUGGUUGUAUUUUGUGUGAAACAUGUGGUGUUCAAGGAAUAUUCUAUAUUUUAUUGUGAUAACAGGAGUAUGCGUUGUAACGGAAAAGAAGUCUUUUAAUCAAAUCGACACAAAAGUAAUUCCUGACGAUGGAUCAUUCUUUCUAGCAGCCAUUCGAAAAUUAGAGGAAGUAAGAAGUGAAAUGAAAUCCGAACAAAGGUUGAUCACAGUAGCAUCAAAACCAGCAGAAUUACUACCAACAAUUGGUUCAACGUUGAGCGCUGGACUUCAAUAUAUCGGUCAAACUUACGGUACAAAUGAAGGAAAAUGGAUACAUUUGAUGUUGAAUAAAAUCAUGGAAGCAGCCGAAUCAACAUCAGUGCGAACACAAUAUGAUUCGAUACGUAUUUCGGCCAAAACAAUUGGUCAAUUAUUUCAGCAAAUGCAGAGUGCAACGCCAGAAGACCAAAACUCGAUUACACUUGAUAUUAAUACAAAACUUUUAGAUAUUUUCAAUACAUUUCAUAUUAGUGAAAAUGCAUUUAAAAAAUAUCCUCAUCUGGCGAUUCCAACAUUACUUGAACUUACACCACUCAUGUUUGUUGUCGAACAAUUAUUCAAGUUAAAAAAACCCGAUUUGCUUGAAAAGUGGUUUUAUUCCUGCAGACUAGUUGAUCUGUUGAAAAAGUAUCGUACGUUGGUACUUUUCUAUCGCAUGUCCGGUUUAAGUGUGCCAUAUUCAUCGGCAAUGGUGGAAAUCCAACCAAAUCAACCACCAUUCCGUCACAUCAGCAAUGUUCUGAGAAAACCAUUCAAUCGCUAUGGAUAUAAUGAAACCAACCGCGAUUACAUGGAAUGUCAUACAUUUGGCCACUGCAAGAAACAUGGAAUGAAAAUCGAUAAAUGUUUUGAGGACGAGCGUAUAGGUGUUGAAAUUUCCGCUGUAACCUAUGAAGUCAUUGGUGAAGGAUUUUAUUUUGAUAAUACAUGCGUGCAACAAUAUGUUGAACUGCUACGAUUACGUGUCGAACAAACAUUUCAAGGGUCAAUUGAUAUAUUAGAAGAGGGACUAUGCACAGCCGAUCGAAGGGCUAAACGAGAUUCAACAGGUUCUGGUCGAUUGAUGAUUGCAGUAACUGAUUUUUAUGGACAUGAUGGAUUUAAAAUUUUUGUGAAUGACAAACAAAUUCAUUCUUUUAUGCGUUGGGAUGAUAGAAAAUGUUCGAAUUUUAAUGUUUUUCAACGUGGUCAUACAACAUUAUUCCAAGUUAUUACUGAAGAAUCGAUUCUAAACAGUUCAAUUAUUCGAUUUGAAUUGAUUUCAUGCCAUGCGUCGGGAUGGAAACAAUUUUUCAGAGAUUUAGUAUUUAUGGCUAAAAGAUGUGAUACACUUUCUACUGACAAACAAUGGAGCAAAAGCAUCGACGAAAUUUUAACAACAAUUAUAAAUUCAGUCGAUGGUAUUGGACGUCAUGAAGAAAAUGGAUUGUUUUACUUGUCAUACUGGGAACAAUUUUAUGAAGAUUCAAUUUAAACGAAUUUUUUUAUGUGCAUCCGUUUGACGUCAGCUUUUUAAUCAUUUUCAAUUUAAAUUCAAAUGGUUUUUUUUUACAAUACAGAUAAAAGUUCUCUUUCAACUCCGUUCAGGAACUAAAAGUAUUCAAAGAAUUUUAAAUGCAAAUAAAUAUUUAAUAUAAAAAAUGAUCAA